CCUUUAUCCCCUUCUUCUUCUUCCUCUUUCUAUUAUUUUCUGUUCUUGUGGCGUUUGUGGGAUUCUCGCCAGGCCUCUUCCUCUCAGAUUUAGAAAAUUUCCUUUAAAGGAAACAAUCUGAAGAUUUCCACAGUUUUUUCCGUCUCAGAUUUCAACGAAUCCGCAGCUUAAGUCACCUGGAAAUGCUUGUUUCCUUCAGGGGCUUGCUCAUUUUCCGGCGAAUCUAGCUGCCGUCCGUGAAGACGAAGGAAGCCCUAGGAAUCGAACGAAGCGAAUGCCGUUUCUGAGAUUGUAGAGAUUCUGAAAAAUCUGGGUGAGGCUUAAAAAGGUUGUCUGAUGAGUAGAAGAUGCGUGAAGCGCUGCUGAGCGAAGAAGCCACUGACGUUUCAUCGAGCAGCAGUGUCGGCGACAAGAAGGUUGCGGAAGAGGACAAGACUGAUACCACCGUGUUCAGGCGAAUCGGCGAAGAAGACGAGAGAACCGACGAUUUGUUGUUACUAGCCCUGUCGCCGAUGGUUCGAUCGAGAUCUCAUGGAACGACGAGGCGCGUGACUCCCACGCCUUCCGUGGACGUGGAGAAGCCGCUACCAAACGGGGAUCUCUACAUCGGGAGCUUCUGCGGAGGAGUUCCUCACGGAUCGGGAAAGUAUCUGUGGAAGGAUGGGUGUAUGUACGAAGGCGAGUGGAAGCGCGGCAAGGCGUCGGGGAAGGGGAAGUUCUCGUGGCCGAGUGGAGCCACGUACGAGGGCGAGUUCAAGUCCGGGAGGAUGGAAGGGUUCGGAACCUUCACCGGAGCCGACGGCGACACGUAUCGCGGCUCGUGGGUCGCCGACCGGAAGCAGGGACACGGGCAAAAGCGGUAUGCGAACGGCGACUUCUACGAGGGGACAUGGCGGCGGAAUCUCCAAGACGGUCGAGGCCGCUACGUGUGGAGGAACGGGAAUCAGUACACCGGAGAGUGGAGGAAUGGGAUGAUCUCAGGGAAGGGUGUUCUUGUUUGGCCGAAUGGAAAUCGUUACGAAGGGCAAUGGGAAAGUGGAAUCCCUAAAGGGAAUGGGACUUUCACUUGGGCUGAUGGAAGCAGUCGUGUUGGUACAUGGAACGAAGGUAACCUCGCGAAGAACUUCAAUGGCAUCGAUAAGAACGAUUUGGUCGUGACGACAACGAGGAAGAGAUCCUCUGUUGAUAGCGGAGCUGGAAGCUUGAGCGGGGAGAAGUUCUUCCCGAGAAUCUGCAUAUGGGAAUCCGAUGGAGAAGCCGGGGAUAUAACUUGCGACAUCGUCGAUAAUGUCGAAGCUUCAAUGAUUUACAGGGACAGAAUCUCCGUGGAUCGAGAUGGGUUUCGUCAGUUGAGGAAAAACCCUUGCUGUUUCAGCGGCGAGGCGAAGAAACCUGGACAGACGAUCUCGAAAGGGCAUAAGAAGUACGAUCUGAUGCUCAACUUGCAACUAGGGAUCAGAUACUCUGUCGGAAAGCACGCUUCCAUUGUUCGAGACCUCAAACAGAGUGAUUUCGAUCCGAGGGAGAAAUACUGGACAAGGUUUCCUCCCGAAGGUUCCAAGACGACGCCUCCUCAUCAGUCGGUGGAUUUCCGGUGGAAAGAUUAUUGCCCAUUGGUCUUCAGACGUCUGAGGGGGCUCUUCCAAGUCGAUCCAGCUGAUUACAUGUUAGCAAUCUGUGGAAACGAUGCUCUUAGGGAGCUUUCUUCACCGGGAAAGAGUGGAAGCUUCUUUUACCUCACCCAAGACGACAGAUUCAUGAUCAAAACCGUGAAGAAAUCAGAAGUCAAGGUGCUUCUAAGGAUGCUUCCAAGUUACUAUCGUCACGUUUGCCAGCACGAAAAUUCGCUCGUGACCAAGUUCUACGGUGUGCAUUGCGUCAAACCCAUUGGUGGCCAGAAGACACGGUUUAUCGUCAUGGGCAACUUGUUCUGCUCUGAGUAUAGAAUCCAAAGACGGUUUGACCUUAAAGGAUCUUCCCAUGGCCGCACCACUGCCAUGCCCGAAGGGGAAAUCGACGAGACCACGACCCUUAAGGACCUCGAUCUCAAUUUCGUGUUUCGUCUUCAGAGAAAUCGAUACCAGGAGCUGAUCAAGCAGAUAAAACGAGACUGCGAGUUCUUGGAAUCAGAGGGAAUAAUGGAUUAUAGCCUUUUAGUUGGCCUUCACUUCCGCGAUGACAACACUGGAGACAAGAUCGGGCUGUCCCCAUUUGUCCUGAGAUCUGGUAGGAUAGAUUCAUACCAGAACGAGAAAUUCAUGCGCGGUUGUCGGUUCCUUGAAGCUGAGCUACAGGAUAUGGACCGGAUUUUAGCUGGCAGGAAACCCUUGAUCCGACUGGGCUCAAACAUGCCGGCUAGAGCGGAGAGGGUCGCUAGAAGGAGCGAUUUCGAUCAUCGGUCGGGGGGAGGAACCAACCACUCGGCACACGGGGAAGUGUACGAGGUGGUUCUGUACUUUGGGAUCAUAGACAUUUUGCAAGACUACGACAUAAGCAAGAAGAUAGAGCACGCUUACAAGUCCCUACAGGCGGACCCUUCUUCCAUCUCUGCCGUUGAUCCUAAGCUCUACUCCAAGAGGUUCCGAGAUUUCAUCAGCAGGAUCUUCAUCGAAGAUGGGUAAGAGCAGCAAGGAUAUAAUGGAGAGAGAUGAUCAGAAGAGUGUGAUUCAUUGGAGACUGCGGGGUUUCUCCAAAUCCCGAAACUACCCCUCUGGUGAGACCUGUUUGGUCGGGGGUAAAAGGGUAAUUUUACCAUUGGUGAAUAUACCAUAGUGAUGAUGAAAAAAAUUUUGGGGGGCGUUUUUUUUUUGUGUAUGUGGUGAAUCAAAGAUGGAUGAAAAUAGAAACAAAAAGAGAAGACAGUGGGGUGAUGUGGAAUAAGAUAUGUGUGUACAGAAAAGGAUGGGCGGUUUAUUUAAUUCCAUUAAUUUAAUUUCCUCUCUCUUA